GCUAUAGGGCACGGGUUCAGCGUGGAAAACUCACUGGGUUGAGCUUCCACGAUGGAGCAACAAAGAAAACGUGCUUCAGUUCCUUUGCUUGAAUCUACUUCUUCGAUAGGAACAGCUUCAACGGCUCAAACAGUAGGAAACAUAAUAGUCUCCGUUGUUGGGACGGGUGUGUUGGGGCUUCCUUUCGCUUUCAGAAGUGCCGGUUGGCUUGCCGGUUCGAUUGUCGUUCUCCUGGCUGGGCUCUCCAGCUGCUACUGCAUGCUCCUCCUUGUUCAAUGCAGGCGAAAGUUGGCAUCAGAAGAAGAAUCAAUAGAGAUGAAAGCCUACGGCGACUUGGGUUAUAAAUGCAUGGGAAGAACCGGCGGUUAUCUAACAGAAUUUCUUAUUUUGAUUACCCAAGUUGGAGGUUCAGUGGCAUAUCUAGUAUUUAUAGGACAAAACCUUUCAUCGAUAUUCAAAGGCCAAGGUCUCACCUUGGGGUCUUCCAUAUUUUUGUUGGUACCAAUUGAAGUUGGCUUGUCAUGGAUAGGCAGUCUCUCAGCUCUAGCACCUUUUAGUAUCUUUGCCGAUUGUUGUAAUGUGUUAGCUAUGGCAAUUGUGGUGAAGGAUGACAUACAACAACUUGUAGGAAGUGAAUUUUCGUUUAGGGAUAGGGCGGCAAUCACAUCCAACAUAGGAGGACUAUCGUACGCAGGAGGGAUGGCGGUGUUCUGCUUUGGCGGGUUUGGUAUGACACUCGCAUUGGAAUCCUCAAUGAAAGACAAAUCCACAUUCCCAAAAUUGCUGGCCAAGACUUUCACGGGAAUAACCCUCAUGUACGUUUUGUUUGGAUUCUCUGGUUACAUGGCCUAUGGUGAUCAAACAAAAGAUAUCGUGAUUCUUAAUCUGCCCCAUGAUUGGUGGGCAGUAGCAGUUCAGGUUGGCCUGUGCUUGGGGCUAAUCUUCACGUUCCCAAUCAUGAUACACCCAAUAAGAGAGAUUGUGGAAGGAAAUUUAGACAAAAGCAAAUGGUUUCAGAAGCUCCUCUGCAACAGUGAUUAUUCAACCAGAAUAAGGAAGUUUGCAAUGUAUAUGAGUCGUGCAAUCUUGGUGAUCAGCUUGGCGUUCUUGGCCUCGUACGUGCCCGGGUUUGGUAUUUUUGCCUCACUUGUGGGAAGUACUCUAUGUGCACUGAUCUCAUUUGUUUUGCCAGCCACAUUUCACCUGAUAUUAUUUGGUGGUUCUCUCCAUUUCUGGCAAAGAGCCUUGGAUUUUUUCAUUUUGUCAUGUGGAUUGCUUUUUGCUGCUUAUGGUACUUACAACACUGUAGUUGGGAUUUGAACUUUGAAGGGUAUUUGGACCCAUAUGUAUGAGACUGGAUGGUGGCCCUGAUUUUGAAACAGAAUAAUAAAAAUCUUCAUAUAAA